CCCACCACCAAGAGCAAAGCUCCCAGGUUUCGACACAGAUCCCCGGACCGCGGGAGAUGACGGCCACUAUCACGAAGGCGAAUUCCCCCCAUCAACCUGCCAUUGACCUCGAGCCAGAGGCCCUCUCGGGAGACUCUACACAUCUCGUCUCACUAUCGGCCGUUCCCUCUCUGCUCCUCACACAAUGGCUUCCCUCCGACUCGCCAGCCGAGGCGCCAAGAGCCUGUGCAUGCGGCCAGCAACAUUCGCUGCCCGCCCUUUCUCGACGACCUGCCUGCGAAAGUACGCCGCCGCUGUCGAGCCCGUCGGCACCAGACUUGUCCCUGUUGACGAAGACUUCUCAUCCGCCCAAGAUGCCUAUGGCCUCUCCAAGCCCCGAAAAGCCGGUACCCGAAAGUCGCGCGAGAACUCCGUCCAGGACCGAAAGGUUCGACACUAUACCGUCAACUUUGGUCCUCAGCAUCCCGCUGCCCACGGUGUGUUGCGUUUGAUUCUCGAGCUCAAUGGUGAAGAGAUCGUCCGAGCCGACCCCCACGUCGGUCUGCUGCACCGAGGUACUGAAAAGUUGAUCGAGUACAAGACAUAUCUCCAGGCUCUGCCUUACUUUGACCGACUUGACUAUGUCUCUAUGAUGACCAACGAGCAGUGCUUCUCUCUUGCUGUUGAGAAGCUUCUCAACGUUGAAAUACCUGAGCGAGCCAAGUUUAUCCGAACUCUGUUUGGCGAGAUCACCCGUAUUCUUAACCAUCUGAUGUCCGUUCUCUCACACGCUAUGGAUGUUGGCGCUUUGACACCCUUCCUGUGGGGUUUCGAAGAGCGUGAGAAGCUCAUGGAAUUCUACGAGCGUGUUUCUGGCGCCCGUCUCCACGCUGCCUACGUUCGACCCGGUGGUGUUCAUCAGGAUAUUCCCGUUGGACUUCUCGACGAUAUUUACCAGUGGGCUACCCAAUUCGGCGACCGAAUCGACGAGACCGAGGAGAUGUUGACUGAUAACCGUAUCUGGAUCGAGCGAUUGAGGGGUGUCGGUGUUGUUCCCGCCACUGAGGCCCUGAACCUUUCCUUCACUGGUGUUAUGCUUCGAGGUUCUGGUGUUCCUUUCGAUAUCCGAAAGAACCAGCCCUAUGACGCCUACGACCAGGUCGAGUUCGACGUUCCUGUCGGAACUAAUGGUGACUGCUACGACCGAUACCUCUGCCGAAUGGAGGAGUUCCGACAGUCUCUUCGCAUUAUCCACCAGUGCCUCAACAAGAUGCCCGCAGGUCCCGUCCGUGUUGAGGAUUACAAGGUCUCUCCUCCUCCUCGAUCCGCCAUGAAGGAGAACAUGGAGGCUCUUAUUCACCACUUCUUGCUCUACACCAAGGGCUACGCUGUUCCUCCUGGUGAGACCUACUCUGCCAUUGAGGCCCCCAAGGGUGAGAUGGGUGUGUACGUCGUUUCUGAUGGUAGUGAGCGACCAUACCGAUGCCACAUUCGCGCUCCUGGUUUUGCCCACUUGGGUGGCUUCGAUCACGUCUCCAAGGGUCACUUGCUUGCUGAUGCUGUGGCGGUUAUUGGUACUAUGGAUCUAGUGUUCGGUGAGGUCGACAGGUAAAGCAUUUUCGAAAAGAAAGAAGAUUAGAAUGGGUUUCUUUUGUUUGUAAUCAUAGCUGAUAGGGGGACCACGGUAAAUACUCCCAAACGUCGUGUGCUCGAGCGAGAAGCUAUGUAGAGGUGACGCGUGUUCUGAAAUAGCAAUGAA